AUGGGACCGAUGGGCCCGAUGAUGCCCUCAUUCGGUAAGGAGCGGCGUCGGCGCCGUCGGCGCUCCCCUUCUAGCAGCUCUGAGCGAUCGAGGAGCAGGAACCGUGAUCGCAGACGCGAUCGAGAGUCCAGGUCGGCGGGGGCACGUGCUGCUCCGCAGUUUCCCCCACCAGUGCCUCAAUUGCCGGCGGCAGCUCCGGGAUAUGAAUGGAGGCAAGUGCCAGUGAUGCCGGUGCAGCCACCUUUGCCGCCUCCUUCGACGCCCGCCCCGGUCGCUGCGACAGCACCUGUGCCUCAGCAGCAGGCUACGUGGAGCCAGCAGAAGCAGGGCCAGUGGAAUAAGCGCUGGAACCAGUGGCAUCGAUCCAGUCAGGGGUCGGGUGAGGCCCCAUGGUCGGGCCGUCAGUCCGCUCAGCCGGAGCCGGACUGCCACAACAUCCAGGAAGCCACUCCUUCUGAAGUGGCAGCGGCUGAUGCUCGACGUGCUGCUAAAGAAGCUGAGCAGGAAGAGGCGGACGACGAGGCGGCGUACCUCGCAUCCCUGUGGAAGUCAGCGCAGGAUGAAGCGCGUGCGGACCCCACUCGACCAUUGUCAGCUCGGGAAUUGGCAGAGCAAGGAAAGCUGCAGUGGUGGUGGAAGAUGCCAUGGAAGGCCGUAGUCGACAAGUUCCCCGACACAACUGGCUACAAGGAAUUCUUGGAAGGACUUGAAGGUCCGAUACCGGCCUCUGUGAUAUCCCGGGUGGCCGCGGUCCUUUCUGCCUUUCGGGCUUACGGCCGCCCCCUCGAGGGGGACAAUCCUGUGGCGGGCAUCGUCGGACCCGAUGCCCACAUCUUUCGAGUGCCUGGGCAACGAAUUUUGAUCUUGACCUGCGAAUUGCGCGGGCCAAGCUAUAUCCGUAAUCCGAACUCGGAACACUCGGCUAUCAUGGCCCAUGGUACAUCUUUCCCAGCGUUAAUCGGCGUGGCGGAGAUAGGAGAGAUCGCGGUGAACGAUUACCGCGAUCAGGGAAUUCCCUGCUUCGGCUUUUCGGCACGAGGUUCAUUGGUCGGCCUGUCCCGGGAUGCCCUCGAAAGCGCAGCGACAAAAUGCGCGAGUCGGGCUAAAGCCCUGGGUGGUGCGAUUAUCCUCGUAGAGUGCGAGUUGCUGCGGAGCACCCCCUCUGUAGAGGGGGGGAACGACAUGAUGCAGAUCUCUUGCCGGGACGCUGGCUCGGCGUAUCGUCGGGUCCUCACAUUGCUUCAUGCAUUCUCGAGUUUCUUCGACUUGUGUACCUUGAUGGCUGAUGACGAAGAGGACGGCCAGGAUUCGGUUCAGGCAGUCUUGGCGGGGAAAUCGCCGAAUACCAUCUUGAAACACUUGGGCCCGGUUCGCACUUUUUGCGAGUGGAUCUUGAAGGCAAGCCACACUCCGCCUUUCCCCGAGAAGGUCCUGUGGUCUUUUAUCCAUUGUGUUCUCAAGAUGCCUAAGACCGCGGCCACCACACUGGACAGUAGUCUGCGAGCAAUCAAGUGGAGCUACUAUACAUUGGGACUUCGUGUGCUGCUAGAAGUUUUCAGCAGCCCUCGAAUUCAUGGUGUGGUGACGAAGGCACUGCAGUCUAAGAACCCGUGGUGCCCGGCGGCACCCCUCAAAGUUUCAGAAGUUCUUCAGCUUCACGCGAUCUGCUGUGACCAUUCGGUUUCUGUCAUUGAUCGUUGUGGGGCAGCACAUUUUCUCGCCAUGCUCUACGCGGGGGCGCGUGCAUCGGACAUCAGGGCUGAGGCUGGUUUGCCGAACGAUCAGGCGGAUGUUCCACUCCUUCCGGCACCGCUGCCGAAUGGGUCAUGGUCCUCUGACCCAUUGUCUAGCAGUGAAAUUACCAGGUGGUUGAGGUUUCUACUGCCGCGACCAUCGUCGGAACAGGCUCUCAGUUCGCACUCGUUGAAGGUGACCUCACUCGUUUGGUGCAGUAAAGUAGUGAUGCGGUUUAUGGACGCGAAUUGCAGUGCGGCGCUGCGAGAGUAUGUUGUCGUGCUGGAUGCAGUUGCAACGGGCAAGUUCCUUCCGGACCAAACUCGUUCGGGCCAUUUUGCUUCAGGUUGGAGUCGCGAGUCCAUCCUGCAGGCAGCUGCUUUCCCACAGGAAUCUGAGUCCACGCAGGCGACUCUGGAGGACGACCAGGAUGAUGCUUUGGCUGUAGUUUCUGAUGUUUCUGACUCCGAUGACAAUGCCCCGGAAGAACAGUCUUUCUGGGCUCACCCGACUAGCCAGGCAACUGCAGGCACCUUCGAUAGUCGUGAGGAGGCGGCUGAACUAAUCGAGGUGUUCUUGCCAGGCAUCAACCGAGAUGGGAAAUAUCAGAGAGCAGACGUUCUUGUGGCAUGGGCACAGGAAAAUGAAUCAGUGAUCAAGCGACAGCGAAGGGAGUCAUUGCAGGGCAUGUGGGAGGUGUUACCCCAGCAGCGUGUGGUACCGAAGCUGACGGAUACCUUCGAUGAGCUGGCAAGGAGCAACCCGCUUGUCCUGCUGCCAGCACUGCAGCGGAAGAGGCGCUUGCUUAGAGAAAAUACCGACGCUACACAGCGCGCAAAGGAGGAGCAGCUGGCGAAGAAGAAGUAUGCCUUACAACUGGCUGAGAUACUUGAGCAGGCGAAGUUGCCAUUGGUGCAGCAGCUGGAGGGAGUGGACCGGCCCGAAGAAGUUUGGCCGCGGAUAUUUGGAACCCGCAGGAGCAAGACGCUGCGAAACCGCUUAAAGGCAUGGGAACCCUUCAGAACUUGGCUGCAGUGCGUCCAUGAAGUGCAGUGGCCAACUAGCGUGCGGCAGCUGAUUGAUUAUAGCAAUGAGAGAUUCCAAAGCGAGUGUGGCAAGACAGUGCUGAACAGUUUCCAGGCGUCGCUGGCGGUCCUGGAGCAAGUGGGAAAGGUCGCAGAGACACAGCGGCUGUCGAGUGAUACAACUUGGAUGGCACACUUGAAGUCGUUAACUGCAGAUCUGGUGGGUGCGCAAGCACCGGUACAGCAAGCACCCAUGAUGACGGUGGCGAUGAUCAUCUCACUUGAACUGCACAUUGCAAGGGAGGAUGAACCAGAGUAUGUACGGGCAAUGGCAUUCGUGGCGCUGCUGGCUGUGUAUGGUUCCAUGCGAAUGGACGACUUGCAAGGGAUGCUGCCGGCCACCAUGCGGCUUACAGCACAGGGCUUCAAGGCCACUCUGGGACGCACCAAGACGACGGGCGCAGACCGUCGCAACAAGGAGGUAGUUGCAGGCUAUGUGCGUGAGGUCUUCAAGAGGCUAGCAACGCCAAAGUUUGAGGAUGGGGCCUAUCGCCUCAACGUGCAGAGAUACCUCUUGGUGGAAGGGGCACAAGGCUUCUUCACGGGGCAUAGCCCACGCAAUUGGCUUACUUCAGCUGCCGCGGUGUUGGGAUGGUCUAAGGAUCAGAGGGAUUUCUUGGGUCGUUGGAUGAUCGGUGGUUCGGGUUCUGCCGACUACGCGCGCACUGCAAGGGAGGUUGUGCAUCGCAUACAGAUUGGAGUCUGCGAAGCAAUUGUCACCGGCAAGGGUGGCGAGUAUCAAGAGAGUGAGGCCCUCGAAGAGCUAAAGACAUUUGUUGACGAACGUGGAGGUUCAGGUGCAUUGGCCAGGCGGCGGCAUGAUCUACUUAGGACUGUGGAGGGUGUACGCUGCUUGGGCAACAGGUGGCCUGCCAUUGAACAGGAUGAUGCAGACGCCAGUGAAGAGGAUGAGGCCCCGGAAGCGAUGAACGUUGAGGGUAGUGCCACGAAGUACUUCAUUAGCAUCAGUCGUAAGACGGGCCAUCGCAGGCUGCACUUGAAUGGGCCGUGCCAUGUUAAGCCACAUCAUUGCAAUAGGGUCGAGUUUGUCGAGCGUGUCGCAUUGGAGCAGAUCGACAGCAUUUGUCGUGAUUGCAAGCAUCGCAUGAGGGAAGAUCAAGGUGCCGAGGACGAUCAGGACACAAGUAGCGAGAGUGGGUCCACAAGUGACUCGAGCAGCGAAGAGGGGCAGCUUCGCAGGAGCGUCGGCAUGUUCAUGAUUGUGAGUGUUUCGCGAAUUUCAGUGAAUAGCAUGGCGUUGCCCAGUGAGGCGGAUCAGAGAGCAGAAGUGGCAAAGAUGGAUUCCGACUUGCAGUAUGUGCUUCAGGAAGCCAGUGCGUCACUGGCCACGCAAUAUCAGGUUGCGCGGCUCCAUCAGAGUCGUAGGCGAUUCCAGGCGAUCGCCGAUAACCGUGAAGGUGCCCGGACUGCAGCACGUGAUUUCGGGAUUAAUCCUGAUACGCCGGCGGGCCGUGUUGAGGUGGCAGCUAUAGUAGCUGCGUGGGAACUUGCCAAGGAGUAUGCCAGUAAAGAAAUCGAGCUACGUGCGGAGGCGAAAGUUUUAGGCCAUAAGAGAAUCUUGCAAGUGCAGGAACGCCAAGCCAUGUUGAAAGCAGUGACGGAUGCAUACGGGAAGAUGAAUGAAAGCGAGACGCCGAGUGCAGAGUACUUGGCAACAAAGGCCGAGGAGUGCGAGAGCAAUGAGCCUCUCGCGAGUUCGCUUGAUCGCAUCUCUUCAAAGAAGGAUUCUCAGGUGGAGAGCCUCCAGACCAGCAUUGAUCCCACCGGGCAUGUUCGUGUGACAAAGACUAUGCAGAAGUUGGAAAUGCCACAUCACUCAGAGGGCUAUAGGCUCUUGAUGAAGGUCGAAGCACAUGCAUGGCUCUGCAUGAGUGCACGGUUUAAGGCAAAGGCUUGGUUGCAAAGGCUUCAGCUUGAAGAUUUCACUAGGUUUGUUGAGUACAUCUUGGGAGAUCGUGUUGGCAACUUGAAGUUGCCCACCGCUUCAGGGCAAGAGACGCAGUUCAACCGGCCACCAUGGAACAUCGUCUUGAGUUAUGAAUAUAAGUUGAGGGUUGAAGCUUUCAAGAUGAACCUGGAGGGAACCGCCACCAUGGCGGAGGCACUUCGGGCAGUGCGUGAGGACCCAUCUCUGAAAGAGGCGUACUUUACAACACCUCUGGCAUUGCACACAGCUGGUACGCCGAGCAAGUUUCGGAAGGGCAACAGCAAAGGAAAGGAUAAGAUGCAAGGGCAAGAGAUUCCGCUGCCGCCGGCGCCACAUCAGAACGGCAAGAAAGGCAAGGGCCAGGUUGUCUUGUCAAAUGGGAAACAGCUUGCACUCGUGUCAGCGACUCCUGAUGGCCGUCAGCUGUGUUAUGCAUACAACCACCAAGGCUGUACUGAUCCGAAGUGCGCACGUGUGCAUGCAUGUCGUGUUGCAGGGUGUUUCCGCGAGCACCCAGCCUCGCAGCACGAAGCCGCGACAGCGGGUAAGUGA